UACGUCCGCGUCCCCGGGCCAAGAUGCCGGAGCAGAGCAACGACUACCGCGUGGUGGUGUUCGGCGCCGGCGGCGUGGGCAAGAGCUCCCUGGUGCUGCGCUUCGUGAAGGGGACCUUCCGGGACACCUACAUCCCCACCAUCGAGGACACCUACCGGCAGGUCAUCAGCUGUGACAAGAGCGUCUGCACCCUGCAGAUCACGGACACCACGGGCAGCCACCAGUUCCCGGCCAUGCAGCGCCUCUCCAUCUCCAAGGGCCACGCCUUCAUCCUGGUCUUCUCCAUCACCAGCCGGCAGUCCCUGGAGGAGCUGAAGCCCAUCUACCAGCAGAUCCUGCAGAUCAAGGGCAGCGUGGAGACCAUCCCCAUCAUGCUGGUGGGCAACAAGUGUGACGAGACCCAGCGGGAGGUGGAGGCCAAGGAAGGGGAGGCCGUGGCCAAGGAGUGGAAAUGCGCCUUCAUGGAGACCUCGGCCAAGAUGAACUACAACGUCAAGGAGCUCUUCCAAGAGCUGCUCAACCUGGAGAAGCGCAGGAACAUGAGCCUCAACAUCGACGGCAAGCGGUCCAGCAAGCAGAAGAGGACAGACAAAAUCAAGGGGAAAUGCAGCCUCAUGUAACGCACCGGACUGGCCCUCCCGCC